AUGGCCGUGCGAAACAACCAACGCAUCAUCAUCCACUUAGAUUACGAUUGCUUCUAUGCUUCGGUGUUCGAGGUCGAACAGCCCGCGCUUAAGUCAUUACCCCUCGCGGUCCAACAGAAACAGAUCGUGGUGACCUGCAACUAUACCGCCCGACGACAGGGACUGCACAAGCUCCAGCUAAUCUCUGAUGCCAAACGCAUCUGCCCCGACGUGGUUAUUGUCCUGGGCGAGGACCUUACCAAAUUCCGUGAUGCCUCCAAAUACUUGUUUCUGUUCGUGCGGUCCUUUAUCUGGGGUGCGCGGGUCGAGAAGCUGGGCUUUGAUGAGCUUUUCUUGGAUGUGACCGAGAUGAUCGAGUACAACGUGGGACUUCUUAAUGCCCAUGACUUGGCAACCUCGUUUUUCCACUUGGACCGCAAGGACCCGACGGUGGGAUUCGCCUAUGAUGCCACCACCUUCCAGGGGUCUACGCAGCCAGCAGGGGGGAAGCUCGGCAAUCUUCACAAACCGAAUAGUCAAACAACACUUCUACCGUCUUCUAUAACAACAGAGAAUGGCGCGGCCAGCAACGUUCUGGAAUUUCUGGAUGCGCACGAGAUUCAAAAAAUCCCGGGCAUUGGCUCACGACUGGCACAGAAACUACGGGCACAAGUAGUCGGACCGGACACUGUCGACGAGAAAGUGACGGUGCGCGAUGUGCGCCAGUAUCCCGGGAUGGGCCCGGCACUUCUGGAGAAAGCCCUGGGCGGACCAGGCUCGGCCAAGGGGAUUGGCAUGCGCAUCUGGAAUAUUCUCCAUGGUGUGGACAACACAGACGUGCUCGAAGGCCGAGAUGUGCCUACUCAGAUCAGUAUUGAGGACUCGUACACCCGACUGGAGACCCUUGAGAGUGUACGGCGCGAGCUGGUAAUAUUGUCAAGGAGUUUGAUCCGGCGCAUGCGAACCGAUUUACUAGAAAAGAAUGACGGUAAUGCUGCCCACGGCCGCUGGAUUGCUCAUCCGCGCACCCUCCGUCUCUCAACCCGACCUCGACCUCCCCCAGGUUCGGAGACGGCGCGUGUAUACAGUGCCAAUCGCAUUUCGCGCUCUGUACCCCUGCCUCUAUUCAUCUUUAAUCUGGACGAGAACCUCGAUGCACUGGCCGAGAGACUGGUGCGGGAUAGUCUCUUGUCGAUGUUCCGAAAACUACACCCAGAGAAAUCGGGCUGGAAUUUGAGCUUGCUGAAUAUUGCCGUCAUUAACAUGGUGGAAAGCGCCGGAGACCAGAAGCAGAGCAGUGGCCGCGAUAUUGGCAAGAUGUUUCGUCAACAGGAAACAGUGCUCCAGGACUGGACGGUCCGUGAACCCAGCCCACAUCGGUCAACAGGAAUGGCCUUGGAGGAUAAUCCGGAGAUGGGCGAUAGUCUCUGGGAAGAAGGAGAAGAGGAUGAUCUGGGGCUGAGUGUGGUCGACUGCGUCGUGUGUGGCGCUUCAAUCCCACAUUUUGCCCAGUUGGCGCAUGCAAUGUAUCAUGCAGCAGACUCGGAAUAUGAGAAUGGUUGA